GGGCUUCCCCUCCUCUCCUGUCUGCAAGGGGUCAGUGGGCUGAGAUUUCAGCACUUAAGCAAAGCAUUUGCUCUUAGCCCCAGAGAAACCAGGCUGGCUGUGGUCUCAGGAAGGAAGGAGGUGUCCAGGUCCAGGCUCAGGCCUGGGCCUGGGUUUCAGGGAGGGCCCACGUGGGUCACCCCUUGACCCUCUCUUUCAGCAAGGAAAUGCUCCUUUCUCUACAUGGGCCUCACCUUGGGGAGGACAAUGGUGUCUUUGAAGUUGUAGUAACUGAAGUAGAGAUCGAAAGGCAAUGCAGAUAGACUGAUAGAUUUCACCUGAAGAGGGGAAGCCCGACCAGGUAAUAAAGGGGUUAGAGGAAGGAUGUUAAGGACAAUUUUUAGGGAACAGAUAAUGAGUGAAUAUUUUUUCUCUCUCUUUCCCAAUUUAAACUGAAGCAGGAGAAACUGAAGCUAGACAUAAUGAGGAACUUCCCAAGCUGGUGAGCUUCCUGAGCUGGUUAGUGAGAACAGCACUAAGGCCAGGUCCUCCUCCCCAGAUGUUUAAGAUGAGACAGGACAAUGCCUGCUCAGAGACAGGGGGCUGGCUGAAUUGGCCCUCAGGAUUCUCUCUGCUCUGAGGUUUCUGGAAGAAGACCAGGGCAGAGGUGCAGUGAUGCAGCUGCUGGGAUGACAGAGCUCCGAGUCAUGUGGCUUGGGCGGGCCUCCCCUUCCUGGUGUCCACAGAAGCCCAACGUCACUAGCUGGGGUUGUGAAAUGUGCUCGCAGGAGGCUUUUCAGGCACAGAGGAGCCAGCUGGUGGAGCUGCUGGUCUCAGGGUCCUUGGAGGGCUUCGAGAGUGUCCUGGACUGGCUGCUGUCCUGGGAGGUCCUCUCCUGGGAGGACUACGAGGGCUUCCACCUCCUGGGCCAGCCUCUCUCCCACUUGGCCAGGCGCCUCCUGGACACCGUCUGGAAUAAGGGUACUUGGGCCUGUCAGAAACUCAUCGCGGCUGCCCAAGAAGCCCAGGCCGACAGCCAGUCCUCCAAGCUGCAUGGCUGCUGGGACCCCCACUCGCUCCACCCAGCCCGAGACCUGCAGAGUCACCGGCCAGCCAUUGUCAGGAGGCUCCACAGCCAUGUGGAGGGCGUGCUGGACUUGGCAUGGGAGCGGGGUUUCGUCAGCCAGUACGAAUGUGACGAAAUCAGGUUGCCGAUCUUCACACCGUCCCAAAGGGCAAGAAGGCUGCUUGAUCUUGCCACGGUGAAAGCGAAUGGAUUGGCUGCCUUCCUUCUACAACAUGUUCAGGAAUUACCAGUCCCGUUGGCCCUGCCUUUGGAAGCUGCCACAUGCAAGAAGUACAUGGCCAAGCUGAGGACCACGGUGUCUGCUCAGUCUCGCUUCCUCAGUACCUAUGAUGGAGCAGAGACGCUCUGCCUGGAGGACAUAUACACAGAGAAUGUCCUGGAGGUCUGGGCAGACGUGGGCACGGCUGGACCCCCGCCGAAGAGCCCAGCCACCCUGGGCCUGGAGGAGCUCUUCAGCACCCCCGGCCACCUCAAUGACGAUGCGGACACUGUGCUGGUGGUGGGUGAGGCGGGCAGUGGCAAAAGCACGCUCCUGCAGCGGCUGCACUUGCUGUGGGCUGCAGGGCGAGACUUCCAGGAAUUUCUCUUUGUCUUCCCAUUCAGCUGCCGGCAGCUGCAGUGCAUGGCCAAACCAGUCUCUGUGCGGACUCUACUCUUUGAGCACUGCUGUUGGCCUGAUGUUGGUCAAGAAGACAUCUUCCAGUUACUCCUUGACCACCCUGACCGUGUCCUGUUAACCUUUGAUGGCUUUGACGAGUUCAAGUUCAGGUUCACAGAUCGCGAACGCCACUGCUCCCCGACCGACCCCACCUCUGUCCAGACCCUGCUCUUCAACCUUCUGCAGGGCAACCUGCUGAAGAAUGCCUGCAAGGUGGUGACCAGCCGUCCGGCCGCUGUGUCAGCGUUCCUCAGGAAGUACAUCCGCACCGAGUUCAACCUCAAGGGCUUCUCUGAACAGGGCAUCGAGCUGUACCUGAGGAAGUGCCAUCGUGAGCCCGGGGUGGCAGACCGCCUCAUCCGCCUGCUCCAAGCGACCUCAGCUCUGCACGGUUUGUGCCACCUUCCCGUCUUCUCAUGGAUGGUGUCCAAAUGCCACCAGGAACUGUUGCUGCAGGAGGGGGGGUCCCCAAAGACCACUACAGAUAUGUACCUGCUGAUUCUGCAGCAUUUUCUGCUGCAUGCCAUCCCCCCAGACUCAGCUUCCCAGGGUCUGGGACCCAGUCUUCUUCGGGGCCGCCUCCCCACCCUCCUGCACCUGGGCAGACUAGCUCUGUGGGGCCUGGGCAUGUGCUGCUACGUGUUCUCAGCCCAGCAGCUCCAGGCAGCACAGGUCAGCCCUGAUGACAUUUCUCUUGGCUUCCUGGUGCGUGCCAAAGGUGUCGUGCCAGGGAGUACGGCGCCCCUGGAAUUCCUGCACAUCACUUUCCAGUGCUUCUUUGCUGCGUUCUACCUGGCACUCAGUGCUGAUGUGCCACCAGCUUUGCUCAGACACCUCUUCAAUUGUGGCAGGCCAGGCAACUCACCAAUGGCCAGGCUCCUGCCCACGCUGUGCAUCCAGGGCUCGGAGGGAAAGGACAGCAGCGUGGCAGCUUUGCUGCAGAAGGCCGAGCCACACAACCUUCAGAUCACAGCAGCCUUCCUGGCGGGGCUGUUGUCCCAGGAGCACUGGGGCCUGCUGGCUGAGUGCCAGACAUCUGAGAAGGCCCUGCUCCGGCGCCAGGCCUGUGCCCGCUGGUGUCUGGCCCGCAGCCUCCGCAAGCACUUCCACUCCAUCCCGCCAGCUGCACCGGGUGAGGCCAAGAGCAUGCACGCUAUGCCUGGGUUCAUCUGGCUUAUCCGGAGCCUGUACGAGAUGCAGGAGGAGCGGUUGGCUCGGAAGGCUGCACGUGGCCUGAAUGUCGGGCACCUCAAGUUGACAUUUUGCAGUGUGGGCCCCGCUGAGUGUGCUGCCCUGGCCUUUGUGCUGCAGCACCUCCGGCGGCCCGUGGCCCUGCAGCUGGACUACAACUCUGUGGGUGACAUUGGCGUGGAGCAGCUGCUGCCUUGCCUUGGUGUCUGCAAGGCUCUGUAUUUGCGCGAUAACAAUAUCUCAGACCGAGGCAUCUGCAAGCUCAUUGAAUGUGCUCUUCACUGCGAGCAAUUGCAGAAGUUAGCUCUAUUCAACAACAAAUUGACUGACGGCUGUGCACACUCCAUGGCUAAGCUCCUUGCAUGCAGGCAGAACUUCUUGGCAUUGAGGCUGGGAAAUAACCACAUCACCGCCGCGGGAGCCCAAGUGCUGGCCGAGGGGCUCCGAGGCAACACCUCCUUGCAGUUCCUGGGAUUCUGGGGCAAUAGAGUGGGUGACGAGGGGGCCCAGGCCCUGGCUGAAGCCUUGGGUGAUCACCAGAGCUUGAGGUGGCUCAGCCUGGUGGGGAACAACAUUGGCAGUGUGGGCGCCCAAGCCUUGGCACUGAUGCUGGCAAAGAACGUCAUGCUAGAAGAACUCUGCCUGGAGGAGAACCAUCUCCAGGAUGAAGGUGUAUGUUCUCUCGCAGAAGGACUGAAGAAAAAUUCAAGUUUGAAAAUCCUAAAGUUGUCUAAUAACUGCAUCACCUACCUAGGGGCAAAAGCCCUCCUGCAGGCCCUUGAAAGGAAUGACACCAUCCUGGAAGUCUGGCUCCGAGGGAACAUUUUCUCUCUAGAGGAGGUUGACAAGCUUGGCUGCAGAGACACCAGACUCUUGCUUUGAAGUCUCCAGGAGGAUGUUCAUCUCAGUUUGUUUGUGAGCAAGCUGUGAGUUUGGGCCCCAGAGGCUGGGUGACAUCUGUUGGCAGCCUCAGCCUCUUCAAAAUGAGCCCUGUCCUGCCUAAGGCUGAACUUGUUUUCUGGGAACACCAUAGGUCACCUUUAUUCUGGCAGAGGAAGGAGCAUCAGUGCCUUCCAGGAUAGACUUUUCCCAAGCCUACUUUUGCCAUCGACUUCUGCCCAAGAUUCAAUCCCAGGAUGUACAAGGACAGCCCCUCCUCCAUAGUAUGGGGCUGGCCUCUGCUGAUCCUCCCAGGCUUCCAUGUGGGUCAGUGGGGCCCAUGGAUGUGCUUGUUAACUGAGUGCCUGUUGGUGGAGAGUCCUGGCCUCUCACAAAAGACCCCUUCCCACUGCUCUGAUGAAGAGGAGUACACAGAACACAUAAUUCAGGAAGCAACUUUCCCUGUGUCUCGACUCAUCCAUCCAGGCCAUUCCCCAUCUCUGGUUCCUCCCCUCCUCCUGGACUCCUGCACGUGCUCCUUCCUCUGAGGCUGGGAUUCAGAAUAAUAAUGACCUCAGCUUUGAUAUUUCACUUACGGCGCCCCCAACCCUGGCACCCAGGGUGGGAAGGGCUACACCUUAGCCUGCCCUCCUUUCCGGUGUUUAAGACAUUUUUGGAAGGGGACACGUGACAGCCGUUUGUUCCCCCAAGACAUUCUAGGUUUGAAAGAAAAAUAUGACCACACUCCAGCUGGGAUCACACGUGGACUUUUAUUUCCAGUGAAAUCAAUUACUCUUCAGUUAAGCCUUUGGAAACAGCUCUACUUUAAAAAGCUCCAAAUGCAGCUUUAAAAAAUUAAUCUGGGCCAGAAUUUCAAACGGCCUCACUAGGCUUCUGGUUGAUGCCUGUGAACUGAACUCUGACAACAGACUUCUGAAAUAGACUCACAAGAGGCAGUUCCAUUUCAUUUGUGCCAGAAUGCUUUAGGAUGUACAGUUACGGAUUGAAAGUUUACAGGAAAAAAAAUUAAGCCCUUCCUUCUAAGCAAAUGUCUUCCUGGAUUAUUCAAAAUGAUGCAUGUCAAAGCCUUUGUAAAUUGUCAGAUGCUGUGCAAAUGUUAUUAUUUUAAACAUUAUGAUGUGUGAAAACUGGUUAAUAUUUAUAAAUCACUUUGCUUUAUUGUCUUAAGUUUAUACUCUUAGAGACAACAUGGCCGUGAACUUUAUGCUGUAAAUAAUCAGAGGGGAAUAAACUGUUGAGUCAAAA